UCUGCAAGGUACAGAUUUCUGUCUGUACGUAUAGUACAGCGCGAGAGCGUCCUGUAGCUUAGGAAAAUACACACUGGAGCCAUGAAUCAAACUCAGUCAUGUGACGGAGGGGAGGUGCUGGGCUGGCUCCCAGCCAGUGGCAGGAGCUGAUGGGUGGAACAAACGGGGCAUAAAAAGACUAAUAUGACUAACGGAUCCUGGAUGCGUGGUACCUUUAUUUGGAUCUACAGGAAUGUAGGCUCUAGCAGUUCUGCAGCUCUACCAGCCUUUUGCCUGACACUGGAACUGCUGCUCACAAAGUAGAAUCCUGCUGCUCUUUGGUAGGAAGGAUAGAGAAAGAACAUGGCCUGCAUUUUGAAGAGAAAGUCCGUUGUUGCUGUGAGUUUCAUUGCAGCAUUCCUCUGUCUGAUCAUCGUUCGUCUCACAAAUGAAGUAACUUUCCCUUUGAUCCUAAACUGCUUUGGACAAACCAGUGUCAAGUGGAUCCCAUUUUCUAAUGGCCAAAGGCAGCCUCUGAGAACUCAUUAUGGAUAUAUAAAUGUAAAAACACAAGAGCCUCUACAACUUGACUGUGACCUCUGUGCCAUUGUUUCAAACUCGGGACAGAUGGCUGGCCAGAAGGUGGGCACUGAGAUAGAUAAGUCCUCUUGCAUAUGGAGGAUGAACAAUGCUCCCACAAAGGGCUAUGAGGAAGAUGUUGGGAAGAGGACAACCAUAAGAGUGGUUUCUCACACAAGUGUGCCUCUCCUACUCAAAAAUCCUGAGUACUUUUUCAAAGAAACCAACAGCACCGUUUACGUGAUCUGGGGUCCUUUUCGAAACAUGAGGAGGGAUGGAAAUGGCAUUGUGUACAACAUGCUGAAGAAAACUGUUGACAGCUACCCAACUGCCAAAAUCUACGUGACAACGGAGAAGCGCAUGAGUUACUGUGAUGCAGUGUUUAAGAAGGAGACAGGAAAAGACCGAGUCCAGUCAGGUUCAUAUCUCAGCACGGGCUGGUUUACCUUAAUUUUGGCUAUGGAUGCCUGCUAUGGAAUUCACGUCUAUGGGAUGAUAAAUGACACCUACUGCAAGUCAGAAGACUUCCGUAAAGUUCCCUACCACUAUUAUGAGCCAGGAAGAGAUGAGUGCGAGGAAUACUUUCUCCAUGAAAAUGCUCCAUAUGGAGGCCAUAGGUUUAUCACGGAAAAGAAAGUAUUUGCUAAAUGGGCCAAGAAGCACACAAUAAUAUUUACACAUCCCAACUGGACAGUGUCUUGAUACUGGUUUACUUAACUCUCCCUUAACAGCAUAUUACAAAAAUGUCUCAGUUUACAAUAGUUUUGCUUACAUCAGGCUGGCCUUUCUCAGCCUAGGUAACACUAAACUAAAAACCAGAGGACAAAGAGGGUGGUGGUUCAGCUGUUAAGCAAAAUUAGUCAUCUGUGGAAGGCAGACACAUUGUUUGUUAUUUCUUAGGGUUUUAAUCCACACUAUGCACUUUAACUGGAUUUUUCUUCAAGACAGGAGCAGUUAAAGACAGACGAGAUUUUCUGUAUAUACAGGUGCACACAGAGAACACACACAGAGAACUUGGUGGUCCUUUGAAAAUUGUCCAUCAUCUCAGAUAUUUUAAAUUAUUAUUUGCAGCUCAUUUGCUGUACUGAAGCACUAGUUCCAUUUGUGGUAUCAGUAGAUCAACAAGAGAAGUGUAAGGGAAAAUACAGACCUCAAAGGUUCAUGAGUGAGUAAAUUUUAAAAAACACCUGAAUAUAUUGAUACACUAUAUUGUGAGCACUUGCAUAUGUGGUAAAAUUAGAGAUGAGCUAAGCAUGGUUCUUGAACUGCACCCAACUCUUGAAUGAGAAGAUAUUACCUACUCAAGACUCCUGAUUAAUUCCUAACUUCUGAAAUGCAGCUUCAUUCCGCCCUGGUCAGGCUGCACCAUCUGGGACGAUGUAGUUUGUACUUCUUGAAGCUGUUGUCCCACAGUUCAGCUCCAGCAGAAUGACACUUGGCAAAGAUUGUGUUCUGCAGCCCAUUAUGAACCUUUGGCUGUUGUACCAAGCCUGCUGUCAGUACCCAAGCUGGUGAGUGUAAAGUUGUCUCAUUCGUGAAUAUCUCCAUUUACUCCACUUGUGCCUUUGACUUGCUCCAACAUCCAAAUAACAGCAUUUUGACAGUAUUUCCCAUGCAGCCAUCAUAAUUUAUUUUAGAUCUCCAGUUUCUCCAUCUUUAAAAACAAGGAUAGUGUCUGUCUACCUCACAAGGGAGUUGUGAGGACUAAUUUAAUUUAAUUUAAGCAAUUUCCUGAUGAAGAAUGCUACAUAUCAUUUAUUCUUAACACAAAACCAAUGGUACCUGUCAUUUAUUCUUGUCUGUUGGGUAUUUGAAGAAAGUGACAAUGUGUCUGGAUCUGACGGCAAAUUGUUCUGUGCAUCCGCUUUCCUGCUGAGGAUAAUUUGUAAUACUGAGUUCUAUCAGCUUGCAUUGCGUCAGAUGAAGUUGAAAGAAAUCCCCAUCUCACAGUAUUAUCUGCACAUUAAAAUGCAGUUCAAGAAUCUUAAAAUACACUCAUCUCUAGUUUAAAUAUAUAUUUCCAAGCUUACUGUCAUGGAAAGUUUUCAACUGCAGCAGACUCAUUUGUAAUAUGACCAUAAUUCAACUACACAUGUGAGUUUUAUUUAACUGUAUUUAAACUAAUGCUUUAAGUUUAGAAUGUGUCCUAUGAAUAUUUUAACAUCUGUAAUGUCAGAUUCAACACUGUAAUAGCCAAUACUGUGAACACUUGAAGAAAUUACCUGUGGAACAUGUCACACAGGGUUUACUCACACUACUUAAACAUUAAGCAACAGGAAACUUUGUAUGCUUUUGUAAAUCAAGAAAAGGGGAAAGUAAAAAGCUAUUUUUACA